AUGCCCGCCAAACUGGACCGAGUUCUCAUAGUCGGCGCCGGUCCCGUCGGCCUAUUCCUGGCAUUGAACCUGGGCCAGGCCGGUAUCCAAGUCCACGUAAUCGAAAGGGAUGACCAGAUUAACCCUCUACCCCGCGCUGUUGGGUACUUUGGGGCGGCUUUACAGGCUUUUGCGAAGGCGAACCUGUUGAAUCUCCUCUCCGAAGAAGGUUAUUGGGGCCCUGGACUGGCGUGGAGAAAACCGCCUGUAGACGAUGAACAAGGAGGGAAAGCAUAUGGAGAGUUGAGCUUUCUGAUGCUGCCGCAAUCUGAGGCAUGCGAGAUUUUCCUGCGUGCGGCGCUACGGACAGGGAAUGUCAGUGUGUCUUAUAAUAAGGAGAUACAUGGGAUUUGCGAUACUGGAGACGCCGUCACUGCAACGCUGAGAGAUACGAUCUCCGGUCUUCUUGAGGAGACAACCGUUUCAUUCUUGGUGGGUGCAGAUGGAGGCAAGUCCAUGACUCGGAAGCUGCUCGAUAUCUCCUUUCACGGACACACUUGGCCAGAGCGAAUGGUGUCGAUGGAGUUUGAAGCAGUCAACUGGUGUGUCCCUAACCUGCCGAUCAAUCUCAUCGUGGAUCCAAUCAACUUCGGGGCUAUCAUUCCCAUAACCAGGCCGGUCGAAGGGCAAGCAUCAGUCUGGCGAUAUACGAUUGCGGUUCAGGCAGAGGAUCCGCGCCUCGACGAAGAGCUUUUGUCCGAAGCGAAUGUCACUGCGCUCAUCGAAAAGUUCAUGCCCGGUCCACCACCGGCAAAGUACAAACUCAUCCGCAAGGCUGUGUACAGAAUACACCAGCGCGUUGCCUCUGCCUUUAGGAGAGGUCGGUGCGCUGUUGCCGGAGAUGCAGCUCACUUGUGCAACCCUAUCGGUGGCAUGGGUCUCAAUACAGGAUUGCUCGACGCCGAGGCGUUGGCAGAUACGCUUACUCUGAUCAUCAACCAUGGCCUGCCCGAGUCACUGCUAGACGUUUAUGCAGACGAACGCCGCAGAGUCUUCCAGCUCUUUGUGGAUCCUGUCACAACGGCCAACAAAUACCGUCUGAUGGGAAAUACAGAAGACGAUUGGUUCUUCCGAAUGGUGAAGACUUCUUCCCCCGAGAUGCAACGUUAUGGCAGACAAUUCCUCGACAUCUGGCCCACUGAUAUGCACAAAAUAGCCCAGGAGCAAGGCUUGAUGAAAUGA